UGAGUAAUCGAGCAACUUCCGACAUGAUACGAUCACAAUACAACUUUCAUGUCUCACAGUUAUACCGAACCCGCCUUCAAGGGAAAGAAAAUGUACCCAAAACAAAACACCCAAAAGUCAACCCAACUGACGAACCGACCGAUGGCAAACAUAGAGUCAAACUCCCCUCCGUCGACCCCUAUGUUCGAGGUUGCUGCUCGAACGUGUCUGCUCCGACCAAAGCCUCGGCCGUUACCGAUUACGGUCAACACUACUUGGUUUGAAGACAAUGUGAAUGAGCACUCCCUGUUCAAGACUAGGCGCAAGGGGGCAAAGGAUGUUCAAAAGACUCUCGAAGCGUCUUAUGCUCGACCAGCUUCGCGAGGCUCUACCACCCGUCAGGCACUUUUCGGUCUCCCGGAAACCGCAGAGUUGGUAGAACAAUUUCAUGAAUUCCAGACUCAAGAGCACGAUGACCCUCCUCCUUAUUAUGAAGCAGUGGAGCUAAUUUUGUCGCCAACUGAGUUAUCUGCUCGUGCCCGUACUUUCUCUGACGUAAUGAAACAUGGUAACAAGUUAGAAGAGAAUGGUAUCUUGAAGUUUGCUUCAGAGCUGGAUGAAGCCAGUGAUACACAGCGUACGUUUUCCACUUUUCUACGCCGGUCUGGGGUGGCGUCUCGUCAAUCUGCUGCAGGUAUUCUGGGCCUACCCGGGUAUGCGUACAUGCCUCACAAGAAUGGUAUUAAUUUGCACAGCAAAGAAACGGCCGCAGCUACCACUCGAGGAACCGAUGACCCCCAAACCGAAGCGGGGCUACACGAGCGAGUCGCGGUCGAUGCGGAUGUCGAUGCGGAUGUCGAAGCGCAAACCAAGGCGCGUAGCCAUAACCGUUAGCAUGGGGUGCUCUCCGCUAUCCGCGGAGUCUUGAGUAAGCAAAAGGUCUGGCAUUCUCAAACACCAAUGACUUGCCAAUGGUUCCCUCAUGUUUACAGCCAGUUCACGAGGAAAAAGUAGAGAACUGGCCAAAGAAUUUGUUUCCCACCGAUUCUGAGCACAAUGCACAAUGAAGUAUAGCUUCACAAGGCACGGUUUCCUUUUUACUUAUAACAUUAUUUGCGAUGGCCAAAUAGCACAUGUAAAUUACACCGGAUAACGCCC